AUGUGCGGAUUUGAUGACUUACCAACCGAAAUACUUGAUCAAAUCGUCAGCAAUGUGACAAAUCUCCAAGAUCUUAGUUCUCUCAGCCGCUGCAGCCGCGGAAUUUACUGGGCAGUUUCAGAUGUCCUCUUUACCAGAGCAUUCGAGAAGCAUGCCGAGUCAAACGGGGUCGAUCACGCAGUCUCGUGUGUGUUUAUGCAUGCCGUCAAGCAUGACUCGCAACAGCUGAUCCAAUGGCUGAUCUUUCGCGAACAUGGCUCAAGAUUAAGAGGAUCUUUUCCCUUGAUGGAAAGUUUCACUUUUCUACACUACGCACUGCUUCAAGAUGCCCCCAAGGUAUCGAUACAGCUUCUCAAGCACGGAUCCGAUCUAGAUGAAGAUACCGUUCUUUAUCCUGAUCUGAAAACACUGUAUCUGUCUGUGGCCAGACCCUAUAGCAUCAGGCUUGGAGCACUAGACGGAGCUCUUCGUAUCGCGUGUAGCUAUGCUCUCCCAAGGAUGGUAGAGUUUCUCCUUAUACGAGGUGCCGAUCCGAACACGUAUAGCGAUUUCGGAUUUGCAGCAAUUCACAUCGCUGUGAGACGAAGAGUGCCUUGGGCGCAUUUCAAAAUGCUGGCCUGGUUCGAAGGAGAGAAGGACUCUGAAAGUGCUCUAUGGGGCGCUCAAGUCGCUCUGACUGCGAAAGUCUUACUUCGCUUUGGUGCUGACUAUAAUCUUCCCAUACAAGGUUAUCGUUGCCAUCAGUGCGGACCAAAAUGUUGGAAAUCGUUGGCCUGCUGCCCCAUGGAACAGCGGGUUCUGCAUGUUGCAGCAGCCGGGGGAUCCAAGUUGGUCGUGUCAAUGCUAGUUAAAGAGAAGGCAAACUUUUUCCAAGCCGAUGGCGAAGGAAAUCUGCCCAUAUUUCACGCCAUGGUUCAAGGCCAUGAUGAGAUUGUUGCUUUCCUCUUACAACAAAUGCAGCAUGUAAAACGGCGCAAGAAGAGACCAACGAAUGCAAUCGUAUGCAAGUCUACACAGAGUACAAUGCUCCAUAUCGCUUGUCGGUUUGGAUACUAUGAUGUGGUCGACGCCCUCAUAAAGGACGGUGCUGACGUGGAGGUGGUCGAUUCUCUUGGCCGAAGACCGAUACAUGAGGCUCUUGGGCAAUGCGCCCCUGAUAUGGAGGAUCGUCUCGUGGAGACACUUUACCUUCUUUCAGAGAAUGACGCGUCUCCGGAUGUUGUGGACUGUAGUGGUAAGAAGGCGAGAGACCUGGGAGAGAAACAUAUUUUCUCGGGGGUCCGAGCACUGUUUGAGUACGCUACCAUGGCUAGGUAUGAGUGGCAACGACUUACAGAAUCGCGACAACCUGAAAAGCCUGAAAUGUGA